CAUCCCAUUCCCCGCAAGUCUCCCUCUCGCACCACAACAAACGCGCCUCCUCCAUCUCGAACUCUCCAGUCUCCACCACCCCCGUCCCCGUCUCUCGAUCGCCAUGGCCUCCGCCCUCGCCGCCUCCACCGCCGUCUGCUCCUCUCCCCUCGCAUCCGCCUCCGCCUCCGCUUCGUCCGCGCGCCGCCUGCGCGCGGUCCCGCCCUCCCGCGGCAUCCGCUACCAGGCCCUCCGCGCGGACUCCGGUUUCGCCGGGAACCGCCGGGGUGGCGGCCGUGGAGCGUCGGUAGUGUGCGCGGUCCAGGGCCAGGACACAUCCAUCCAAGUUCCAGAAGUGACGAAGUCAACAUGGCAAUCACUUGUUAUGGAGAGCGAGCUUCCUGUCCUUGUUGGAUACUGGGCUACAUGGUGUGGGCCUUGCAAAAUGAUUGAUCCCGUUGUUGGCAAGCUCUCCAAGGAGUAUGAAGGGAAACUGAAAUGCUACAAGCUCAAUACUGACGAGAAUCCAGAUAUAGCAAGUCAGUAUGGCGUCCGGAGCAUCCCAACCAUGAUGAUAUUCAAGAACGGAGAGAAGAAAGAUGCAGUGAUUGGAGCUGUGCCUGAGAGUACACUGAUCGCAUCCAUUGAGAAAUUUGUCGAGAGGUAAAAUGCAAAUGCCAAAACUGAACCCUUUGAACAGUUAGCAUUACACGUCCAACUUUCAGAACUUCAGAUCAUUCAAGAGUCGAAGCCAUGCUCAAUGUUUAUAUGCCUACGUGUAUAGAUAGUAUUGGGAAUCGCUUUCGGUAGCAUCCAAUAAAUGUAAUUCGAGGAUGCAGGUUGAAUGAUGAAAUCAUGAAAGUCGCAAGGAAGCCUGGUUUCAUGUGUCCAUUCUUUUGGCUGUAGAUAUGUAUGGUAUUGACUGUUAAGAUACAUAUUACCCUUUUACACUAUAUUAUUGCUUAUGAUAUGUUCCUUCCAAAUAGGUGCUUGAGGUA